GGAUCAUUAUAAAAAGAUAAAAUGUGAUAUAGAAGAUAGCUCAAUAAUAAAGACAAGAGAAUUUAAUUUUAUUUACUUCAUCCAACUAUAUUUUAUAAAAUAUAAUAAUUAAAUGUGACCACGUGUUCUCUCUCAUAGCUAUGUGUCAUUAUAAAUAAUCAAAUAUAUUGAUUUUUUUUUUUAAUACAUAUAUAUAGAAGAGAGAGUUUAUUGAAGAAGAAGAAGAAGAAGAAGUUGAAGCCAUGGAAGAGAAGAGAGAAAUUAGCAUGGAAAAGGGAUUGUUAGAAAAAGAAGAGAAAGAAAUAAGUAUUUUUAGUAAAAUAUUUGAUGAAGUGAAGCUUUUGGGUUAUAUUGGAGGACCAAUGGUGAUUGUAAAUAUAUCUCAAUAUUUUCUUCAAAUAGUUUCUGUAAUGAUGGUUGGUCAUCACGGUAAACUCGCUCUUUCUAGUACAGCUAUUGCAAUUUCCUUCUCAGCUGUUUCCGGCUUCAGUCUUAUUUUGGGAAUGUCUAGUGCAUUGGAAACACUAUGCGGACAAGCAUAUGGAGCAAAGCAAUAUCGAAAACUCGGUAUCCUAACCAACACGGGCAUACUUACCCUAAUCCUAGUAUCCAUUCCCUUGUCUCUAAUGUGGUUUUACAUGGAAAAAAUUUUGGUUUUUAUGGGACAAGAUCCUAUAAUUUCAAGAGAAGCUGGUAAAUUUUCAAUAUGGUUAAUCCCUGCACUAUUUGCCUAUGCAACUCUUCAACCACUAGUUAGAUAUUUUAUGACACAAAGCAUUACCUAUCCCUUGCUUUUGAGCUCAUUUGCCUCAAUUUGUUGCCAUUUACCAAUUUGUUGGGCUUUAGUAUUCAAGUCAAGAUUAGGACAUUUUGGGGCUGCAUUAUCUAUUGGUUUUUCAUAUUGGUUAAAUGUGAGUUUGCUACUUUUGUUCAUGAAAUUCUCUCCUACUUGUGAAAAAACUCGGGCCUCGAUUUUUUCAAACCUAUUUCAAGGCGUCGGAGAGUUCUUGCGGUUCGCUAUACCUUCUUCCUUAAUGAUUUGCCUUGAGUGGUGGGCAUUUGAGCUUCUUACUUUACUAUCUGGUUUCCUAUCAAAUCCUCAACUUGAAACUUCAGUCUUAUCUGUAUGUUUGUCCACAAUCAUAACACUUUAUACAAUACCAGAUGGAUUUGGUGCAGCUACAAGCACUAGAGUUUCAAAUGAAUUAGGUGCUGGUAAGCCAAAAGCAGCUCGAUUUGUUGUUCGGGUUGUUUUGUGUCUUGUAGUGAUAGAGGCGGUUAUUGUAAGUUCAUCUCUCUUUCUAGGCCGAAAAACAUUCGGUUAUGUUUUCAGCAAUGAGAAAGAAGUUGUAGAUUAUGUGACGAGUAUGGCGCCUCUAGUCUGUGCAGCAGUUAUGAUAAAUUCUUUACAAGCAAUCCUUUCAGGUAUUAUUAGAGGAUGUGGAUGGCAAGACUUGGGGGCCUUUAUCAACCUUGGUUCUUACUAUCUUUUUGGGAUUCCGACGGCCGCGACUUUGGGAUUUUGGUUGAAAAUGAGAGGGAAAGGCCUUUGGAUUGGAAUUUGCUGUGGUUGCUUCUUACAAAUGAUUUUGCUUUCUAUCAUAACAAUUUUUAUCAAUUGGGAAGAAAAGGCAAAAUUGGCAAGAGAAAGAGUUUUCAAGAAAAGAUCAUUAGAAGAUAAUGUGUUGAGUGAGCAUGACAAUAGUAAUCUCUACUAAGCUUUGGCCUUAUAUUUUGGUAAAAUUAUUUGUACUGAAAUGGUUUUGAAAGUUGUUAAUUACUCAAUUGUCAAUUUUGUAACAAGUGUUUAUCUUUAAACAAUUGGUUAAUAUAAUAUAUCAUGUUUUACUAAAUAAA